AGUCCAAAUAGUUAAUGGAGCUACUGUGUACCUAUGUUUCAAACAGGAUAAAAUUAUCUUGUCUGGUUAUGCUAUGACCUAACUUGACUGAACGCGUUCCAGCGCCAACCAAAACUUGACGCAACGCAACGAAUGGAACGGCAGGUGUCUCGAGACGCAUUUUAACAGUGGAGUUCCUUUGACUUUACAAGGCGCAUAAAAAAGCAGCGAGACGCGGUGCAACUGUCAAAUGCACGUUUAGAAAAACAAUUAAAACUGCGCAGACGUAAAACGCGUUUAAUAUGAACGGCCGCCAUCGCACCAAUCAAGCUGCGACAAGUUAGUUUCAGUUCUUCGGAUGUUGUGCUGGCCUGUUGUUGGCAGAUAAACAACAACACUUACUAAGAUUGGACGGAUAUAACAGAUGUAAAGAGGGAUUUGGUUGAGAGUCAGCGUUAAAGCGGAGCAUCCUGGAGGAGGAGUGGCUCUCCAGCGCUCCAAAUCACACUGCGCGUUUUAUUAUAGUGAAUGACACGCGUCUCGUUGCGCAUCCUUUCGCGGUCAACAGGCAGCGCAUCAAAAAGUGGAAUAAUUCAUCUCAAAAACGAAGAAAAGAGAGGAAAUUCAUCUGGCACUACAAAGGUAAUGUGACAGAAGACACCCUGUAUUGACAGACCACAGGAUGCUGGAGAUGAAGAUUAUGGGAUUGUGGAGGACUGGGCAAUACUGUCCACUGCUGGUCAUUCUAUUCCAGUCACUGUUGCCUGUUAUAUGGUCCCGUAAUGCUGGAAACCAGAAUAUACCACGACUACAGCUCUCUCAUACAGACCUGCGGUCGAGGAACAGCUCUGCUGUGUUCUGGGAUGAUGGAGAGGGUGGAGCGUUCCAGACCUUACUGCUGGAUGAAGACCGUGGCUGGCUGCUGGUCGGAGGACGAGACCAUAUCUACAUGCUGAACUCUGAAAGCCUCACACAACCAGCACACAAGAUUCAUUGGCCAGCUGGACAGGAACACAUUGAACGCUGCAAAUAUGCAGGAAAGAAUAUUUCGAUGGACUGUGCCAAUUACGUGAGACUUCUUCAGCCUUUCAAUAAAACUCACGUGUAUGUGUGUGGAACUGGUGCGUUUCACCCGCAAUGCACCUACAUUGACCUGGGACACAAUCUUGAGAAACCCACAUUCCAGCUCUUAAGCCAUGCUGUGGAAUCCGGGAGAGGAAAAUGUCCUUUCAGUCCACAAGAAACUUUCACUGCCCGACUGACAGAUGGCGACCUGUAUGCCGGGACGUCAGUAGACUUCAUGGGAACUAAUGUUGCUAUUUUUCGCACAUCUGUGCACAGCAGCAAUCAACAUUAUAUCCGCACUGAAGCUUACCAGGACCACUGGCUCAAUGAGCCAGAGUUUGUAGGAUCAUAUUCCAUCCCUGACACGCACAGCUUGGAUGAUGAUAAGGUCUACUUCUUCUUUAAAGAGACCGCUGUGGAGUCCAACCAGCUCGACAAGCGAAUCUAUAGUCGAGUGGCCCGUGUCUGCAAGAAUGACAUUGGAGGGAAGAGAAGCUUGAUUAAUCGCUGGAGCACCUUUCUGAAGGCCAGACUGGUGUGUUCAGUACCAGGCCCUGGAGGCAUGGACACACACUUUGAUGAACUGCAGGACAUUUUUCUCUUGGAGACCAAAGAUCCACAAAAUCCAGUCAUAUACGGCAUCUUUUCCACUUCUAGCUCCAUCUUCAGAGGCUCGGCUGUGUGCGUUUACUCCAUGGCCUCCAUUCGAGCCGCCUUCAAUGGGCCCUUCGCGCAUAAGGAGGGGCCCGACUAUCGCUGGAUGGAGUACAAGGGGAGGAUUCCUUAUCCACGGCCAGGGACGUGUCCUAGCGAGACCUACGACCCUCUGCACAAGUCCACCCGUGAUUUCCCCGACGAGGUUGUUAGUUUCAUGCGGUCCCAUCAGCUGCUGUGGGAGCCAGUGGUGCCCAUCCACAGACACCCGGUCUUCACCCGCAUCAACACCCCCUACAUACUGAAGAAGCUGGUGGUUGACAGAGUUGAUGCAGAAGAUGGCCAGUAUGAUGUCUUGCACCUGGGCACAGAUGAUGGCAAGGUAUUGAAGGUGGUCUCUGUGCCUAAAGAGAACUGGGAAACAGAAGAAAUUGUUCUGGAGGAGCUGAAUGUCUUCAAGACUCAAACCCCAGUAUUAAGCAUGGAGCUGUCCACCAAAAGGCAAAUGUUGUUCGUAAGCAGCAAUGAGGGUGUCGUCCAGUUACCUGUACAGAGAUGUGAGCUGUACGGUAAAGCGUGUGUAGACUGCUGUCUAGCUCGAGACCCAUACUGCGCCUGGGACGGCUCCUCCUGUACUAACUACUUCCCCAGCAACAAAAGGCGCGCCCGGAGACAGGAUGUGAGGUAUGGAGACCCCUGGAGCCAGUGUCAGGACAUGAGAGAUGGUUUAGAGCAUGCUGAGCUGAAGACGGUAUACGGUGUGGAGGGGAACACAACCUACCUGGAAUGUGUUCCAAGCUCACCACAGGCAACGAUCAAGUGGAUUAUUCAGACAAAUAAAAGCCAGAGCAGCAAACAGUUGGUACCAGGUGAAGAAAACCUCAUCCACAUGCAACAUGGGCUCCUCCUUCAGCACUUAACAUCUGCUAAUGCUGCCCAGUACCUCUGUGUAUCCUACGAACACUCAUUCUCUCGCACAUUAGCCCGUUACAAACUAAAUGUCAUCCCACAGAACCACAUACCAAGUGUGCAGAACAUUCUUACUUCAGACUCCGGAGCUUCCAUAAAUUAUGCAGCCUCACCACGAAGCUACAAAGAACUCCAUCAUAUGGGAAUUAGCAGGCUAACGGUAGACAACUACUGUGAGCAGCUUUGGUACCGGGAAAAACGACGACAGCAAAAACUUCGUACACUAAAGUGGAAGCAAGUGUCCGAAAACGGGAAAGCAAGAGUUCGCUGACAAAAUCCACCUUACAAGCCUCUUGAUUGAGGUGCAGACUUUUGGAUGUUUAUUGCUAAAUGUCUAAGGCUACCUUUCAACUACAGUAGUUGCAGCUAGCAAAAGCUACUGUUAGCAAAACAACAAAGGGAUAAACACAAUAAGAACUCUGUUUUUCUUUAAAUCUCCAUUCAGUCUUCUCAAGUGUUUUAACAAAGUCUUAUUUGUGGCAUCAGAGAUCUUGUUAGCAUUAGCCUGUUUUAGCUCUUUAAUGUAUUAUAACCAUUUGCUCAGCCUCUAGCUGUGCAGCUGGAAUUAAUUUGUGUACUGUGGCAUUGGACCAUUAGCCUACAUUUUCUGAAAUAUUAUCAAUCUGUUGCUGUUGUUUAUUAGUGCUGCCUUCAAGUCCUCUUUAGUUCCUACUUAAGAGUUUGGAAGUUGUAAUUGUAAUGUGAAUUGCGUUUAAGUUAUUUCAGUCAUACUAAAUUGUUGGGCUAAUUCAUAAUUCUUUGUAUUGCUUUCAGGACUCUGAAAUGUUUGCUGUGAUUUUUCGCUUAAUCAACACAUUUAUCUUGAACUUCUGUUAUGACAACAGCAGGUGCCUCCAUGUUCAGAGGAAGUUUGCCUUGCCACUCACUUACACAACCCAGGAUGUACCCUUCAUAUGUUUCCUUCCUCUCCAAGAACAAUCUCUUCUCCUCUUUCCUGCGAACAUCUUUGAGUAUAUACACUACCGGUCAAAGGUUUUGAAACACUUGACUGAAAUGUUUCUCAUGAUCUUAAAUAUCUUUUGAUCUGAAGGCGUAUGCUUUAAUGUUUGAAAUUAGUUUUGUAGACAAAAAUAUAAUUGUGCCACCAUAUUCAUUUAUUUCAUUAUAAAACUAAAAUUUUAUAUAUAUAUAUAUAUAUAAAAAAAGGUUUUUGAAAUUGAUGGCUUGGACCUCAUAAUAAAUAAAAGCACCCAACAUAGAUGGGAACUACUUCAAUACUGUUUAAAAAGCAUCCCUAAUUCCCAUAAUUAUCCCAAACAUAAUUCCCAUAGUUCCAUUAAUGACUUUUCUAUUAUUUUAAAAUGUGAAACAAAAAAUUAUAAUAAAGAAUGAGUAAGUGUUUCAAAACUUUUGACCGGUAGUGUAUAUUGUUGCUUUUAUGACUCAUUUGCAUGAAAUACUCUAAAGAAAUGCAAAUGAAACCCAUCUGAAUACAGUUAGCAGCUUUAACUCUGUGGUGUGUACAGUAUGGCUUACAUAUUCUAUUCAUGUGUCCAUGCAUCUGGAAAAGAUACGUAGAAAAUAGCUCUCACAGAUCAUACAGCAGGCUUUGUAAGUUAUCUUCAUUGGCCAUGAAAAUGUUUCAACUGAACAGAAAGUUGUGUCAUUGCUUCAUGGUUAAAUCUUAAAUUAGUAAAUGGUUGGUUGAAAUUGCCAGUUAGAUUUACAAAAGUAGAUCGUUUUAUUCAGAAUGUUGUGGUGUAUUGAUUGUUUAACAGAUUUUAAAUUUUAUUUUAUUUUUCUCAAUAAAUCAGAAUCCAAAACCUGUCAAAAACAUUUGCAGGUUGUAUUUAACCCUAAAACUAAAAGAACAAAAACAACAAAGUAGAAAACUAUAUUUUGCAUAUAGAAAACAAGCCUACUUUAGAACUUUCCCCCCAAACAUUCUCACUACCGUAAUGCCAAAAAUAAUUAUAUUCUUUCAAUUAUAAUAUAUUUAUACAUCAAGGAUGUAUUUUUGUACUGCAUUUAGUUCAUGUUUAUUUUAAUGUAAAAAUCCUGCAUUACAAUAAAAAUACUAUACAACAUUAAUGAGAAACAAUCUCACAGCUCCAAAAAGCUUCUUUCACUUUAUAUGCAAAGUAGUAUUUAAAUUUAGUUUUUCUUUGUUAUUUUGGGGUGAAAUAUGACCUGAACAUGUUUUUUUUUUAAGUGUAUAUAUUCAAAAUAUAUUUUAAAAAUACACCUAGUGGAAGUACCAUUUUUUACUGCUUUUACUAAGUGCACAAGCAAAUCUUUAACCUGUGAAGGUAGGUUGACACAUUAAGUAUAUUUUAAUUUCUUUUAGAUUUAAUAAAUGUAUAUAUACGGUAUAUAUAUAUAUAUAUAUAUAUAUAUAUAUAUAUAUAUAUAUAUAUAUAUAUAUAUAUAUAUAUAUAUAUAUGAA